GGCGCGCUCGCACCGCCCCCGCCCCCUCGUCGCAGUCGCUGCCGACCGGCUGGCUGGGCCUCGCGGCGUGAGGACCCCGGCAGCGCCGCAGUCCCGCGAGCCAUGGCCCAGUCCGGCGGUGAGGCUCGGCCCGGGCCCGAGACGGCGGUGCAGAUCCGCGUCGCCAUCCAGGAGGCCGAGGACGUGGACGAGUUGGAGGACGAAGAGGAGGGGGCGGAGACGCGGGGCGCCGGUGACCCGGCCCGGUACCUCAGCCCCGGCUGGGGCAGCGCCAGCGAGGAGGAGCCCAGCCGCGGACACAGGAAUAGGAGCUCGGUGAAUUCAAGGACCAUGCUUACUUCGUUCAUUGUAUCUUCAGCACCUAGCACAGCACCCAGCACAUAGGACAUGUUUGUUGACUGAAUGCGUAUCUCUAUCAUCACACUCACUCCAUGGUGUUGAGAUAUUUGUGUUUCCCCUCCCCUAGACAAUGAGAUCCUUGAAGACAGCUGCCUUAUCUUACUCCUUUUUGUAUUUCCAUACCUAGCUUAUAUAAGGGAACAGAAUAAACGAACAAUAAAGAAAAGUCUUUACAGCCUCUAAAAUGUUCAUUGAUCAUCUCCCCACAUCUCAUUCAUUAAAAAGAUGCCUUUCCUUUUAUUCUCACCUUUUUAACGUAAAAAUUUUCAAACAUAAAGAAAAUAUGAAAAAAUAGUACUAUGAGCAUUCGUAUACCCAUCAUCUAGAUUUAACACUUAACAUUUUGCCAUAUUUGGUGAAUGGAUAUACAAUGUAUGUGUUUUCCCCGAACCAUUUGAGGUAUGUUUUACACAAGAUUAUACCUUAAAUACUUCAUUUUGUAACCCUAAUGACAUUCCCUAUGAAGCCCUAACACUAUUAUUGCAGCUGAGAAAAUUAGCUAUCAUUCCCUAAUGUAAUCCUGAAGAUAAGCUAAUAGCCAAGUUCCACAUUCAAGAUUCCCCAAAUUGUGCCACAAUUGUCUUUUACAGCUGUUUCUUUUUUCCCCUCAAACCAGAAUAUGGUCUGGAUUGAGGCAUUUGCUUCUUAUGUCUCUAGACUCUAUUAAUCUAGAAAUUUCCACCAUUUUUUUUUUCCCUAAUGCUUUGCUAUUUUGGACAGAAGAGGUCAGACGUCUUGUUGAAUGUCUCACAUUUUGGAUUAGUCUGGUAAUGUUCUCAUGGUCUUAUUUUACUUGCUCUUUUGUACCAUAUGCUUCUUAUAAACUGGAAGUUAGGGCUAAGGUUUUGAUUUGAUUCUGUUUAAACAUUUUGUCAAGAAUGCCUCAUACUCUAUGCCUGUAACUUGAUGUUCCGUCAUCUCAGGAGCCAUCCCACCUUUAGUGAUGCUAAAUUUGACCAUUCGAUUAAGGAGAUUUCUCCGUCGUACAGAUUGUCUUUCCCUUUGCAGUUAACAAGUUAUUUGUGGGCUUCUCAUCCUGGGUUCUGUUAAGUUGAUGUAUCACAUUUAUUGAUUUGCAUAUGUAGAUCCAUGCAUGCAUCCCAGGGAUAAAUCUCACUUGAUCGUGGUGAAUGAUCCUUUUAAGAUGCUGUCGAAUUCAGUUUGCUAAUAUUUUGCUGAGGAUUUUUGCAUCUAUGUUCAUCAGGGAUAUUGGCCCAUAGUUUUCUUUUCCUUGUUUGGCUUUAGUAUCAGUGUUAUGCUGGCCUUGUGAAAUGAGUUUGGAAGCAUUCCCUCCUCUUCAAAGUUUUAGAAGAGUUUGAGAAGUAUUGGUAUUAGUUGUUCUUUAAAUGUUUGGUAGAAUUCAGCAAUGAAGCCAUCAGGCCUUGAGCUUUUCUUUGAUAGGAGAUUUUUGAUUCCUGAUUCAAUCUCCUUACUUGUUAUUGGUCUGUUCAGAUUUUCUGUCUCUUCAUAAUUCAGUCUUAGUAGGUUGCAUGUUUCUAGGAAUGUAUGCAUUUCUUCCAAGUUAUCAAUUUCUCUUGCAAUAUUCUUUCCCCAGUGACUUUUCACUUAAUUAUUUUAGCAUCUAUUGAUGAUCCUUACCUAAGUUGGUUAUUUCACUGGGGACUGGAAAUUGAGGAUUUUCUAAUUUUCACAUUUUUUGUACACUUAUUAGCCAGCAUUGCUCUAUUAAAAAAAAAAAAGCUUUGUCUCAUCAUCUGGAUUGAACAAAAGUUUCUCCUAAAGAGGCAAAAAAAUGCUUAUUUCCCUUUAAUUACAGUUUUCAAAGAGAUAAUUUGAUAUAGUAGCACACUAAAUAAUUUAAAUGAGGGCUCUUCCUCAAGCUUAUACUCUCCCUCUUUCUCCGAUUCAUGGAUUUGUAUUUAUUCACUUUUUAAUAAUUAGUCACAGUCAUUUUUGGUGCUCAAAAUGUCUAUAUUGCAGCCAGCAGACCCCCUUGAAGCUGGCCUCCUUGUGUCUUUUUGUUACAUGCCCAUUAGUCUUUAAGCACUUCUUUGCUUUCUGGUAUUACAUAUUCCAGGCAUAAUUUGUACUUUUCCUACUCCAGUCAUGGAAUUCAGCCAUUUCCACAGGAAUCUCUGGUUUUUUCAAAUACCAGUAAGAAAGUAUUUAGAAACCAAGACCUGGAAUUAGGAAAGCUAACUUCUGCCAGAGUAUUGUUGCUUUCAGAGCCUUUCAGUGGACAGAAC